CACCUCCAAACACAGCCCAUCCGUCCCGUCCCUGACUACUGCAUUCACAUCAUCACACUCCACUCCCCAGUCUAACGGCAAUGUAAUAAAAUGCCAAUAUGUAUUGAAUGUCGCUUCCCCGUGCAGACGUUAUACACCACCUACAGCAAGGCCGACGACAAGGCACUGGGCAAAGGCGUGCGUCUAACGCAGUGCCCGCGAUGCAAGCGCUUCGCCGAUAAAUAUGUCGAGCAUGACCUGGUGGUCCUCUUCAUCGAUCUCGUCUUGAUCAAGCCCCAGGUCUACAGACAUUUAUUAUUCAAUUUGCUGGGGCGCGAGGAUGGACGUUUUGCGCCCUCAGUCAUCCGCCUCGGCGUACUCCUCCUCCUCUUCGACGUCUACUUGACCUGGGCGAGAAUCGAAAAAGCGACGCCCUCCUCCGACACAUCCCUCCCGCCCUUCCUGUCCGGCUUCAACAGCACCGCCAACGACACCAGCAGCCUGUGGAACGUGCGCGACCCCUACGCCAACGCGCACGCCUCCGCCUUUCUCGCCUCGCAGCCCAUCAUCCUGCAAUACUUCUUCUUCCUCGCCCUCUGCACCAUCGAAACCGCCAGCUUCCACUUGCUCAUCCGCACUCUGCUCUCCGUUCAAUUCCCUCGCCCCAUCUCCUCGCUUAUCCCGCACUAUCCCCACCCAGCCCUCAUCAGCACGGCGCUGCUCGUCUCCAGCUUUACCAAACUCUUUCCCCUACUGCUACUGGUGUGGAAGUACGACCUCCCCAGCAGUGCGUCGGCGGUGUCGUGGGCGGUCAUCAUCAACAACAUCGCCGCGCUGGAGAUUCUGCUUGAUUGCGGGUACGUGCGAGCGGGGAUUCUGGCGGCGAUUGGAGCGAUUUUCAGGGCGGGAGUGGGAUGGAGUAUACUGCGUGCUGUGGGAGUAGGGGGAGGGGUAGCAGCGGCGGGUGUUGUAGAGACGGAGGACUUGAUUGAGGUGUGGAGAAGAGUGACGGAAAGCGUAGGCUUGGGAGGACAUUGGUAGAAUUGAACGCAGGCUGCACUCCAUUGCGGCAUUAUUUGACACAUCGACAUGGCUCCUUCUCCAGCCCGCCAUGCCAACUUCUUCAAAUGUCGCCACUCAAUCAAGCCCAGCUAUGCCAUUCCCCACCACGUCUUCAAGUCCUAGCGCAUCAAUGAACCAUGUAUACAUUCCCCAGAGACU